CGAACGGCCGGAGGAGCGGCUACAACGUCGUCAUGGCCCAUCGCGCCCGCAGCAUGUCCAUCUCGGGUUGGACAGACGGCAGCUAUGGUUCCCUUGCGCCGGUCUAUCGGGUGAACCGCUUCCAGCGCACGUCAUCACGGCUUGCUGGAAUCACUGCAAAUGGCAGUGUCCUGGGGAAGCGGUCUCGCAAUCCGGACCAACUGUCCAACGCCCCUAAGCGUCGCGGUGCCCAAUCCUGGUCAACGUCUCGAAGCCUUAUCGAUGCUUUGGGGCCAUUCUCAGAUGAAGACGCGGUCCCAGCACGGAUCGAAACUGUCGAUGAAGGUGACGAAGCCGUUCUCGCCACGCUCGAGCAGCCAGAUUCGUCUGGCGUUUUUGUCGCUGAUGAGAGCGCCCCAACCUCUUUGUCCAGAACGACGUCUCCCUCCCAGCGGUCGGCCGCCGGCCCUCCCGGCCAUGCCUACUAUACACCCAUCGUAGUCGCCAACGAAGACGAGGACGAGGACGAGGAUGAGGACGAGUACGAGCAUGGGGAAGAGUACGAGCAUGGGGAAGAGUACGAGCAUGGGGACGAGUACCAACCGCGGUCCCCUCCGGCAUAUGGGGACUUGGGAGAGGUUGAGGAGGCACACGAACCAUACUGGGGCAGCUCAUAUGUCAAGAUUACGAACAAAGACGAGAACACGAGAUCGUCCGCGUCGGUCAUCUCCCGUGUGAGUCCCCACGGCCUCCAGAGUCCGCCGGAGACGCCGAAACGCCCUAUCCCAUCACCAAUCCAAUCGCAGGAGAGCGUCGCGGAUCCUGCUCUCGCAAAGGAGUACCAUGCCGAGGAACCCGUCGAUGAUUCUGGAGGAGCAGACAACAAUGUUCCAGGCAUCGCCGAAACUAUGGAUGAGGUUUUUGCGCUGCUCCAGUCCAUUAGCCCAAACGACAUUCGCAACGCGCCGAGCUACCGUGAAGCCUACGAGGGCGGACUCCGGAAACGCGCCCGAAUCGUGAAGAAUCUCGACGCACUCCGACAGUGGCUUGAGGAGGAGGGGCCUGAGGAAGGGCUUGAGAAAGAAGCUCAGGAUGUUGUUCCUCCUAGUAAGCCCAAAGGUUCGCGCCGGCGUACCGGUGGCGGUCACGCGAGGAAGAAGGCAAAGAGCGAAUACUUUUGGGACCACUUCUUGCAGAUGAAGAGCAUCGGGGAACUCCCCAAACUCAACAGCUUCACGCGGAAGCUUAUCAACAAGCCCUCGCUACAGAUGCUCUUCGCCGACAUCCCGCUCCUCAGCGACACAGCAGCUGCGCCGACCGGCACAAGCGCCGACAUGCGCAACGCGCUCCGUUUCAACGCCGCGGUCAACCUCAUGCUCUCUGUCAAUGAGCGCAAUACGCAGAACAGCCUCCUCCUGGUUCUGCUACAUCUGUUCUUUUUCCUGACUGCGCAUCCCAACUGGGCAGAGCAGAGGUCGAGUCGAAAGCGCAUGCCGCGCCUCAACGAGCGCAAGUGCGAGGACCUGUACGAUACCUACCUCGGCCUCGUAGACCACAUGUCCGUGUCUGUUUUGCCGCGUCACAAGUUCCUGGGCCAGAUCAGCAAGUGGAUUAAGCUUGGGUCCAGGUACGCAUUCCUCGCGAGCCAUCUCUCGCUCGGUUGCCUUGUGCUGCUGCAGCAUCUCCUUACGCCGGCCGCCAUGCAGGGCUGCACCAAGGGCAACGAGUAUGGUGCAGUACAGGGCGUGCCAGUGAGCGAGUAUGCACUGCAGCACCUGCGAGAGAUUGGCCUCGUCCAGAAGGCAGAGCGCGCGGAUUCCAUGAUGCAUGCGCUUCUAUGGGAGAUGAUGGGCCAGUUCCAGGGCAUGGCGGCACCGACGCAGGCUGCCAGAUUCCCUGGCUUUGACUGACCUGAUAGGUCAUAUCCGUCAUCCCUCAAUCCUCUCUCCGUUAACGUUCCAUCGUCUCUCUCUCUCUCUCAGUCCCUCCGACUGGCUUGUUCUACAUCGCUCCGUGCGAAACACACAGUCUUGCCGACUCCUAGCUUUACGACCUAUCAAGGAUAACGACGGAUUCCGCAUUAUUGACCAACUUACGAUUUUAUGUUCUAUGCACACGCCUUCUUACACUCACGACUACAAUUACACUCAACGCUUACAAAGAC